AUGAUUGUGUUGCCGGAAGUAGUAGUCAAUAGCAAGACUGAACAGAAUAAAGUAAAUGAAAAUCUUCAACAACUAUCAAAAGAUUUACUACUCCAAGAAGAUACAGAGAACAAAAAAGUACAGGACGAUGAAAUUGAUUAUGACGAUCCAGGUAAAUGGCAAAAUAUUACAGAUAAAUUACGAGUUUAUUUAAUAGAGAACUCGUCUUCAAAAAUUAUAAAUUAUAAUUUUCCAUCAAACGACGAAGGUAGAAAAUUCAGCAUAACACAUUAUAAUCGAAUAAUGGGCAACGGUGAAAAAGUGGUAAGAAAUUGGCUUUUAUAUUCUAAAUCUUUAAAUCGAGUUUUUUGUCUCUAUUGUCGUUUAUUUUCUUCAAACUCAACUUCAUCAUUGGCGUCAGAAGGAUUUUUUAAUUGGAAACAGAUAAGUGAACGUUUAAAAGAGCACGAAUUAUCUAUUUCACAUAAUAUAGCUCAAACACAGCCUUAA